ACUGCAUUAUGUUGUCUUACCUACAACAAAUGCCUCUUCCUUAGCCUUGUCUUCCCAUUAUUUUGUCUUUCAAUGUUACUAUAGUUAUAUCAGCUUAAUUGUUUGUGCUAUGGCUACACUCAAGUUUCUUCACAUGUUUGCUUGUGUUGCAUUCAUGGGGGUGGCUGUGCUCUUUGUCUCAGCUGAAUCAACACUUCUGGUUUACUUCAACCGUGUUCCUCCAACUCGGACUAGGUCUUCUAAUGCUGUUUUCCAGUUUCUAGUUGAGAGGUUGGAUGGUUCCAAUGCAUGUUAUAAGAGAGACACUUGUUCAUUUUCAUGUGAGCUUGAUGGCAAAGUUUACCCUUGCCAGGCAAGUGGCAUUGUGUUAAGAAAUUUAACUCUAAAUCAGGAGCAUAGCUUUCUUCUCAAUGUCAGUACAAACAAAGGAGAAAGAAAUUCAUCAGUUUACUCAUGGUUCAUCGAUACAAUACCGCCAACUGCAACUAUUACCAGUGAACAGACGCAUACAAAUGAGCAAAGGGUAGCAAUUGAUGUCACAUUCAGUGAACCAUGCACUGGACUAGGUGGAUUUAAUUGCCUAAACUCGUCAAACUGUGAUAUCAUGGUAGCUGGUCCUGCCCAAGUGGAUGCAUCCUCUUUACAAAUUAUCACACCGGGUGUCAAAUAUAGCCUUGAAGUGAUUAUCUCCUCAAAAGUUACUUAUGGGCGUGUUGUAAUCACAAUGGUGGAGAAUGCUUGCAUUGACCAGGCUGGAAACCAUUUCAUUAGGACCAAUGAUUCUACUUUGACUAUUCAUUUUGAUAGAAGACCGGUGAUGGUGGAUUUUUGGACAUCUGUUCCAUCUUAUGAGUUGAAGAUUAAUGGUAUCCCAAGAACAGUAGUUGCCACAAGCAAACCAGAGGACCUGAUAGUUUUCUUGGACUUUAGCAUUCCUAUAAGAAACUCAACUGAGCAAGUUCUGAAUGCACUACAUGUUAACUCUGGCAUCUUAACUCCUCUCCAUGGUGGAAGCAACGACACCCGCGGAUUUAGUUUUAAUCUCAAGAACAUAUCAAGAACUGAGAUUGUCACAAUUGAAUUACAAGCUGCAUCCAUAGCUGGCAGGACAGGCACUCCUGUCUCUCCUGUUGCUCCUAUCACAUUCCUUUAUGAUCCCGUGAAACCCAAGGUGGUACUGAGGACCAGCUCCCUCACUGAGACAAGGGAUUUCAACAUCAACAUAAUUGCUGAGUUCACAAAGCCAGUUUUUGGUACUGGGUCUGGGGCCUCUAUGGUAGAAGUCUCGGGAGGAAGAUUGAUAAGGUUAAAGGAACUAUCAAGAGCUUUAUACUCAUUGACUGUCCAAGCAGUAACAGAGGAGGUGUCAGUUACCAUUCCUUCGGGGAAGGUAACUGAUAUUUCAGGAAAUGAAAAUUUGGCAUCUAACCAGCUUGAUAUCAAGUAUUAUUCCACCCCUACAAUAUCCAUUGCACUGUACUCAUUUAUCAGUGCCGGAACAAUAGCAACAUCACUGGUAGCUGCUAUGGUUUCUCUUUCCUCGGCAAAUUUAGAAGCAUUAAGCAUUCUUGCUUUGGGAACGACAAGCAGUCCAGCUUCCAAUCCAUCGAUUAAUAUACAUGGAAUGGUUGGACACCUACAAGUCUUUGCCCUCACAAGUUGGUUUUCAACUGAUCAAUUUAUCAAAUACUCGGAGACGACAAGAGGUCUUAGGUGGCUCAUACCUCAUCACAAGCUCCCCUGGAAAAAAUAUGACACUUUGUCUUCAAACUUGGAAAGAGAGAAACUUGGAGGGAGAAGUAAUGGUCCAUCUGCAAGAGAUAUAGAUCAACAGAAAACUGAGUUACUGGGGUUAUCUUAUAUCGGUCACAAACACUCAUUUCAGACUGAAAUUAUCAACAAAUCUGGUCAGCUUCCUAAUCAGCUCAAUAUAAGCAAGACAAGUACAUUAUAUGGUCUACCUCUCGAUUCCGUUGAAUAUUUCACUUAUUUCUUGAGAGGAGAACCAUUGUCGGCUGGCAAUGUCAUCAAAGGAAUGGAGAGUUACAAAGGGUGGCAGGACAUGGAAAUGAACUUAUUCUGGCUUGGUGUGGGAGGAGGCUGUUUACUUUUAAUUCAUGUUUUCAUGAUAUGCUUCCUAAGACACAGGACAGGGAAACCACCUCAAGGUAGUUUAUCAGUUCCUAGGUUUGAGCUCUUUCUUCUGAUUCUCAUGCUACCUUGUCUUUCUCAGUCAUCAACAUUUGUAAUAAAAGGUGGUACAGCAGGCGGAAUUAUCACUGGGGUGCUGUUACUAGCAAUACCUGUAGCAUUCAUCUUGUCAAUAUUGCUACUUCUUAUUAUUGCAAUCUACUCUGAAAGUUUUGCCCAAUACAAAGAAUUCAAACAAGUAACUGAUGUAGAAAAAUGGUACACGAAGUUAUUGUUCAUUUUUAUUGGGAGGCCUACGACUGGAAAGUGGUUUAACAGAAACGGUCUACCUUACUCUUUCCUCUCACGGUUUGGAAUUCUCUUUGAUGAUUGGAAGGGUCCUCCAGUGCUCAUUUUAGGUGAUCAAAGUUAUGAACCAAAUGCCAUAACCAAGUGGACCGAAAGUGGCCAAAGCGGGAUCGGAAGAAUGAAAACAAUGAGUUCAGAAAACAGCAUUGAGGAAAUCAAAAUCUCUACAUUCAAGAGGGUACUAGGUUGCAUGAGAUCAUCCUACAUCAUCCUUGACUUACUAAGAAGAGUUGGUAUGGGAAUAAUAUCCAUAGCUUACCCAUCAUCAAUUUCAACUAAAAGCCUUUUUGCAUUGAUAAUCACAUCAAUACAGUUCAUUUACCUGUUUACUACUAAACCAUACAUCAGCAGAGGUGUCCAUGUUGUGGAAAGUGUUUCUCUCUUGUGUGAGGCAGGUGUGUUUGGUAUCUUUAUCCUUCGGAGUGGUUCAAACUCAGUUGAAGCUAAAACUUGGGAAUUGGUCCUGUUGUUUCUCCUGUUGUUUACCUUCAUUGCUCAGCUUACCAAUCAAUGGUAUUCUAUGGUAAAUUCCCUAUUGACACUCUCACAGUCUCAGAAUAAUUCUCUAAGAUAUGGAUUAAAGUUUGCUGCCAAGGGACUCAUCCUGCCUUUCCUUCCAAGCAAGCAUUGGUCUAGUGUGAUAUCCACAUUCUCCCAACCAGAAACAGACCUGCAUUCUGUCAAUCCUACAGAAUUUGAAAGGAGAAAUAGAAAUGGAUAUAUGGAUCCCUUUAGUGCCAUGACUGCUACAGUAGUCCCUUUGCAAAGUCCAGGUACACCUAGUCCCAAUGUUAUUGAAAGAAGAGAUCCUACAACAUCGAUGCCAGCUGCAAGCACGCAUAUUGAAGUUGAAGGAAAGUGGCUAAAGGGGCACAAGGCUGGGCUUAAGAAAGAGCUAAAGAUGUUGAGGGAGCUUGCAAAAGCUAGCUUCUCUGGGGAUACCAGGGUUGAUGAAGCCAGCUCCAGCUACACUUUGGGUGAACAACAUUCAUCUGGUGAAAUCUAUUUGGGUAGUCCAAAGAGAAGAUAUUACUGACACUGAUGCAUAAGGGCCACUGAAGUACAUCACCAUUCAACACAUCCUACUUGGGAAGAUUUUGGAAGAUGCACAUUCCUUUAAAUUGCCAUGUUUAUUCAACAAUCAUUUGUAUAGUCUCUUCUGUAGUUUUGGUGAUCUCAAUUUGCUACUAAUGCUAUUCUAACUGACUCACAUGCUAUGACAACUUCA